AUGGGAAGAAAGUGCUCACAUUGUAGACACAGAGGUCAUAAUUCAAGGACUUGUACCAUUUCUAGAUGGUCUGUUAAUGGUGGACUAAGGCUAUUUGGAGUACAACUUGAACUAUCAUCUCCUUCGUCCAUUCCCAUCAAGAAAUGCUUCAGCGUGGAUUGCUUGUCGUCAUCCCCCUUGCCUGCAGCAUCCCCGUCUUCUUCGCUAUCUUCCAUAGUUUCAAUCAACGAAAAAUCCGAUAAGGCAUUUGUUGGUUCUCUCUCUGAUGGUCACUUAGCCCAAGUUAAGGAAAGAAGGAAAGGAAUUCCAUGGACUGAAGAAGAACACCGAAUGUUCCUAAUUGGGCUUGAGAAGCUAGGAAAAGGAGAUUGGAGGGGAAUUUCAAGAAACUUUGUAACUACAAGAACCCCAACACAAGUUGCCAGUCAUGCUCAAAAGUAUUUUCUCCGGCAAGCCAGUUUGUGUAAGAAGAGACGGUCCAGCCUUUUCGACAUGGUUAGUGAUGCUAAUUCAAGGACAAAUUCGAAUCAGGAAGUUGGACAAGAAGAUGGUAUUUGUCCCCUGAUUGACCUGAAUUCAUUUGGUCAAGACAACAAGUGGAAUGAUCAAGAAUGUGAAAAUUGUCGAAUAGCUUCCAACCUGAAUUCGAGCAGCUCCCUUUGUGCAUAUGGAUCUCUCAACUCUUCUUCCAUGGAAACAAGAUAUAGUUCUGCAAAUGUUGUAGCUCCUGAUUUAGAUUUGACUCUCUCAGCUCCAAAAACAGUGGAAAAAAAUGAAUCCUCUCCUAUUAGUGUUAUUUGA